AUGUCGCGGAGUCAAGCAAUGACAACUCCUUAUGUCUAUUCAACUACGGUAUCCUCUGACACGAUCAAAAUUCAUCCACGCCUGACCCAUCAUCAGCACCCUCUGAUACGCAGCUCUCGCUCCCUGAUGAAUACGACUAAGAGAAUAGUAACAUUGAGGAUCACGAGGAUGACUACGGUUCCGAGUCUAGCAAAGAUGGCAGGGCAGACUCCAUCGGAAAUUUCCAACCACCGAGAAGCAAUGCCAGACAGGGCCCAAACAUUGAGGCUGUUUGCGAGCUACAUCCGUAUUCCGGGAAAGUACGAGAGCGGUUUGAAAAAAAGUGGGGAGUCGAGGCGCAAAAUUGGCUUGUAA